AUGAAGCCGCAGCCGUCGAUGGCGCCACCCAGCGCGUCGUACCUCGACCAGCGGCGGCGCCAGACGGGAUUUGUCCCCCGACUCGAGCUGGAGCCGCCUGACGUCGCCCCUUCGCCGCCGCAACCAAAGGCGCGAAGUGCUGCGUCCCCUCUCAUCACUCUCUGCACGAGACUGAACCACGAAAGCAAACGCCUGAAGGUGAUGCAACGUGGAUUCGACCCAAGUGAUGCGCAGAGCCGAGGGAUGGCACACAUGGACCUCGGGCUGCCGGACGUCUACAGCUACAUGUACUCUUUUCCGUACGACGACGAGUUUCUCGCUCCGGGCAAAGAGGUGAUGUGCUGCCGCGACUGGGUCGCAUGCACCCGCGAUGCUUGCUACGGUUUCUGCGUCCCCCGCUCGUGCCUCUUCUGCCAAUCGAACUACGGUUGCACGUUCCUCCUCGCCUUUUGCUUCACCUGCGGCAACGACGUCGGCCACCGCUUCAUCUGGCCGAGCUGGUGUCCGUGCGGCUGCCUGACUUGCUGCUGCCCCUGCACUGGCCUCGGCGAGGACAAGAGGGGCGGCGUUUGCGAUGUGGCGUGCGUCUGCUGCAAGUCUCCGGCGAAGCGAACUGACUCCAUGCGUUAUUGGAUACAGCGCAUGAUCGUCGCGGGGACAGAAGAAGUGCUCCGCCUCUGGCCUCUUCCUACCGACCCGAAGCAAAACCCGCCAUAUGACUCCCCCGGGCCUAAUGACUUUGCCUCGUCUGUCGAGGCGCUGGCCGAUUUCAUGACCUCGGUGCCGUGCCUCUUCACCUGCUGCGUGCUGUACCAAAGAGGCUGCUGUGGCCUCUGCGGCGGGCGGCCAGGCUUCGCUCCAAACACCACCUACAUGCCCGCCAGCGGCUACGUUGGGCAGCACGACGACCAGAUGAACACAAAGGAAGAUUGCGGCGGAUACUGGGCCUUCCCGGCCUCGUUUGAGACGUAUGAGGGGAAGAAGAUGCGGGGUGUGCUGCCCACGCCACCGCGUGCGAGAGACAGGGCGGGCCGGCCAUUGCAGACCAAUGUGAAGCCCGGAGCUCCAGGGUCAAAGGUGAUCUAUUGGUCGCACGGGAGCGGGUACAUUGCAACGCAGUCGGCAGACUACCUGUGGAUGCUCGCGCUCUUCCUUUCCCAGCAGACGGGCCACGUCGUGCUCGUUGGAGAGUAUCCACUGGCGAGCAAGGAUCCCUGCCGCAAGGACAAUCAGCCGUGUGUCUAUCCGACGCAGGUCCUCGGCUGGACCAGGACCUACAUGAUGCUGGUGAAGCUCUACGGCUCAGAGAAUAUUGUCGUGGCCGGCGACUCUGCUGGGGGCGGGCUCACUCUCACGAUGCUGCUCUCGGCGGCCGAAAACCUCUAUGAGGGCGAGCACAUGCCGUCACCCGCCGGGAUGCUGCUCAUCUCGCCAUUCAUCGACCUGCGCGACUGCUCGGCCGACCAGGAGACGGUCCCGUCGAUGGCGGCCAACUCGCCAAAGGAGAAUGGCGGGCUCGCUCACUACGGCUGCGGCGACAUGCUGCCUCGCAAUGGGUACAAGCAGGUGUGCGCGGUCUAUGCCUCGUCAGCCGCGCGCGCGACGAUUUCUCUGAUAUCACCGAUCCUCGCGACGCAAGAGGAGCUCGCCGUGCUCGCCGAGGCGGAGAGAGAUAGGGCAUUGUUGGGCGGCUCGAAGAAGCUGCCCAUGGAGACCCUCAUGCUUUGGGGCGAUCAGGAGAUCCUCCUCACCCAGGACGAGCAGAUGUUUCACAAACUCUCGUCGGCGAUGCCGGGGCUCGUCGCGAAGCACGUGGUGAGGGACGGCUUCCACGUCUCGCCGGUGCUGGGCCUCGCGACGAUCGAGAAUGUGGGCUGCUGCGCCGGCAACAACCCGGGUCACAGCGAGGUUGCCCGGGCGUGGUAUACCAUCCUUUUGUGGCUGCGGGAUACCGUGAAAUGGGAAGAGACGCAGGUGCCGCCCGAGUGGGCGCCGGCGGUACUGUAG